AUGCCCAACCCCACGCAACAAUCGUACCGAAUCAGAAACUGGGAAAUAAAGACGCAAAAGUCGACGAUACCUUCAAUGCCCGAAAGCGACGCCUUGGCUGCUGAACUCGGGAUCCCAAUACCAGAGAUGACAUUCCUAUCGAGUGGAGUGGAGGUGCUAGACACAGAUAGCGGAUUUAAGUUAAGUUUCAAUGCGCGUGAUGCACUACGUGGAGUGAGCAAACAGAAUGAAUUGAGGGUAUCUUACGCCGAUCACUGGCGAAGCAGUCGACAACCGCACGAAGCAUCCACCAUACAGCCUAGUCAGCCAUGGGACUGGACUUACAGUACGACAUACAGCGGCAGCACAGAAAGUGAAAGAGCACACUGGCAGCCCAUCCCCACCACUACACCAGUCAUUCCCAUCGAUAAACUCAGUGACACCACCCAGCCUAUCCUCUUCUACGACGAUGUGCAACUUUACGAAGACGAACUAGGCGACAACGGUCAAGUAGGUCUUAAUGUGAAAAUACGCGUUAUGCCUUUCGCUUGGUUCAUCCUUCAGCGCUUCUUCCUCCGUGUGGAUGACGUCCUCUUUCGCAUGUACGACGUGCGCGUUUAUCACGAUUUCAGCGGCAAUGUCGUCUCGCGUGAGUGUGCGGGCUGGGAGGCGGGUUGGGAGGCUAUGAAGCAGUGUCUGCCCCCUCAUACACCUAACAUUCUUUCAGAUGAACCUGUCAUCCAGGCAACGCUGCGCACUAUGGAGAAAUACAACACGCAUACUAAUUGCACGCAAUGGAAGGGACUGGGGUGUGUGAAGGAGGUGUGUGAGUUGUGA